AUGUCUGAUCCAACCUACCCCCUGUUUUCUGUGUUUGCAUUCAUCGGAUUCGUAGCAGCUCUCGUCCCUCUGCCAUGGCAUCUUCAAAGUUGGAAUGCCGGUACCUGCAUAUACAUGAUAUGGGCUUCAUUCGCAAGUCUCAUAGAAUUCGUGGACUCUGUUGUAUGGAAUGGCAACAUCAACAACCCUGCUCCUGUUUGGUGCGAUAUUUCGACGAAGUUUUUGAUCGGCGCGGGCGUUGGGAUACCGGCAUCCUCGCUUUGCAUUAACAGACGCCUAUACAAGAUCUCAUCCUUGCGUGCAACUACCAUCACCCGCGACGAGCGACGUCGCGCCAUUUACGAGGAUAUUGCCAUCGGAGUUGGCAUCCCAGUUCUUGUCAUGAUUUUGCGUCAUAGGUUCAAUAUUCUAGAAGAUGUUGGUUGUACACCAGACAUCUGGAAUACGCCGCCUGCAUAUCCCCUUGUUUUCAUGUGGCCAGUGCUCCUAGGCUGUGUGUCAUUCAUCUAUGCAUCCUUUACGUUGCGCUCGUUCUGGCGUAGACGCGCUCAAUUCAACGAGCUCCUUACCACGAGCAGUGCUCUUACCACAAGCCGAUACUUCAGGUUAAUGCUUCUCUGCUGCGUUGAGAUGGCUUGCACCGUACCACUUGGUGUUUUCAGCAUCUACAUCAACAAUGUCGGCGUUCAAAUUGCGCCGUACGUCUCAUGGGCGAAUGCUCACUACGAUUUUUCCUUCGUCGAGAAAUUUCCUGCUAUCAUCUGGAUGAGCAGUCAACCGUUCUACAUAUCCGUUCAAAUGGGUCGUUGGAUUUACCCUGGCUCAUGUCUCUUGUUCUUCGCGCUCUUCGGCUUUGCAGAGGAAGCUCGCCGCAACUACGAAUUAGCCUUCUGGGCGGUGGCCAAAUGCUUUGGAGCCCAGCGCCCGUCGCAGAAGAAUGCCGCACUCCAGUCGCUUCGGAUUGGUAUGGACCUCAAGAAGAGCACGUUCAGCUCGGACGAUUUGCCUCCAUACACCCCUUCGACGCCUGCGCGCCGUAAACGCCGAGACUCCCUGUCCUCGUACCUCACGCAGAGUGUCCUAGAUUUCGACCUAGAGAAAGGCACUCUAUCUCCCGCCUCCACGUCGGCCACGUUGAACUGUGCGGAGACACCUACGUUCUCUGAACUAUCACCCCAGCAGCUCGAAUAUGCAGAGCUUCGCAGCACCUAUGCGCCAUCGACGCCAACUGAAGUCGCCGUUCCCUCACCUGUCUUGCCGCGUCCGCACACGCUUAUCGAGCGGGAACAUGUUUCCAUUCCUCCAUAUCAUCGGCCAUUCACCCCACCCACUGUCUGUCUUGUUGCAUCGGAUGCGCUGACGCAGUGUACUUCUAUCCAAAUGACUAUCCACACAGAAUCCACUCACUCGCUAUAA